AUGAGUUGUAACCUCUGUUCCAUCGGUGCCCUUCUGCUACUCCGCUUCGGCCCCGCCGCGGGCCUCCUCGUUAUUGUUCUCAUUUUCCAGCUCUACCGCCAGCCGGAACUCCCACUCCAGGAGCUCUGCGCCGUCGUCUGGCCAGGGCUGAGGUUUAUCUACGGCUCCGUUGCAUUCGAGUACGAGGUGUUCGAAUGUCUCGCGCGCCAUACCGCAGCGGCAUACCGGCGUUACCACCUCGGGGACCCUCCGAGUAAAGAGGAACCCUCGAAGCCCAAUCUUCCCGGUCCUCGCUUGCACUAG